AUGCAGACCAAACAUUUCUUUACCGACCCAAACCACCUGGUUCUCACAGCGCUUAACUCGCUUACACUCACAAAUCCAUCUCUGGCCCUGGAUCGACAGAACAAGAUCAUCUUCCGCCGUCCAGAUGCACCCCGCAGAGCAAACAAAGUCUCCAUCGUGACGGGCGGUGGCUCCGGCCAUGAACCCGCAUUUGCAGGUUUCGUCGGCCACGGACUCUGCGAUGCUUCGGUCGCCGGUACGAUCUUCGCCUCGCCGUCUGCCGAGCAGAUCCGCAGGGCGGUGAUCGAUCGCGUCCCCACUGAUAACGGCGUGCUGAUCAUUCCCAUGAACUAUACCGGCGAUGUGCUGAACUUCGGUAUGGCCACGGAGAAAUCCCGUGUUGCGGGUAUCAAGACGGAGUUCUUCGCUAUCAAUGAUGAUGUUGGUGUUGGCCGCGAGAAGGGUGGGAAAGUCGGUCGUCGCGGUAUUGGUGGUGGCGUAUUGAUUCUGAAGAUGGUUGGUGCUUUGGCUGAAGCUGGUGGCUCCCUGGAAGACGUCUACGCUCUAGCCCAGCUAGCAAACGCAAACCUAGUCUCCCUAGGCUCAUCUCUGGAACACGUCCACGUGCCCGGCCGCGGUGUCCCCGAAGACACGAUCCCGCACGGCGAGGUAGAAGUCGGCAUGGGAAUCCACAACGAGCCUGGCUCGCACCGCGUGAAAUUCGACCUCGUCGAGUUGGUCCAGAGUAUGCUGCUCCAGCUACUCGACCACAACGAUCCGGACCGCUGCUACGUCACCCGCAAGCCGGAGGACGAGUUCGUGCUUCUAAUCAACAAUCUCGGCGGUGUCAGUCCGCUCGAGCUCGCCGGUAUCACAGACGAAAUCUACCGCCAGCUCCAGCGCGACUACCAGGUCAACAUGGUCCGCGUGAUUCAAGGCACUUUCCUGACCAGUCUGAACGGUCUCGGCUUCAGCAUCUCGCUGAUGAAGCUGGUCGACCCAGGUCUGGGCGUGAAAACUACUAUGCUUGAGCUCCUCGACGCCCCCGCUGAGGCAGUCGGCUGGUCUGCUCCGAUUAAUACGUCUACCUGGGAAAAGAACCGCAAUGCGGACCCCGUCGAGCUGAAGACAACUAAUCUAGCCGAAGACGUCCACAGCAACCUCCAGCUCGAUCCAACCCUAAUCCAAAAAGUCCUCGGCGCCGGCCUACAGCGCGUAAUCAACGCCGAAGCUGAAGUAACCCGCUUCGACACAAUCGUCGGCGACGGUGACUGCGGCAUCGGUCUAAAACGCGGCGCCGAAGCAAUCCAAUCCCUCCUCACCACCCCACUAACAAACGACGUCGUCAACACCGUCGCACGAAUCGUGACAGUCGUCGAAAACGUAAUGGACGGGACCUCCGGCGCGAUCUACGCGAUCUUCCUAAACGCACUAGCACACGGCUUACUAGCACAAGACACAUCCUCGCCAACGGAAAUCACAACACAGACGUGGGCUACGGCAUUGAAGUCUUCGUUCGAGGCUCUGGGGAAAUACACGCCUGCCAAGGUUGGUGAUCGGACGCUUAUUGAUGCGCUUGCGCCGUUUGUGGAUACGUUGCUUGAGACUGGGGAUUUGGGGGCUGCUGCUGCGGCGGCACAGGAGGGGACUGAGUCUACGAAGGCUAUGAAGGCGAGUCUUGGGAGGAGUGUUUAUGUUGGUGGGGAGCAGGAGUGGAUUGGGAAGAUUCCUGAUCCUGGGGCUUUUGGGUUGUCUGAGUUUUUGACGGGGCUUGCUGAGGGUGUCUAG